GGGUCAAAUCAAAAUGCCGACGAUUCCAGCAAAAAGGUAAUAACGAGAAAAUGGAAUAUAAAAUAGCGACGCUGGUGAGCCUUCUAGGAUCCUUGAAAGAUGGCAACAGUUCCUCGAGAAUCUAAACAAAAUAUAUUACAAUUUGUUUACCCACAUCUCAGAGUCCGAAUAUAUGUUGCUGAUGCCUAGAGCGUGCCUAUUGUAUCAUAAAAUAAUCGUGGAAGAAGUUAACGAAGUUCACGAGCAACCCAGGCAGACGAAAACGCCAGUUGCAGGCGCUUUGUGUUCGGGUGGAGAGGGUCACGUGGUGCGCCGCUGGCGCGGUUUUCGUUGCCUGUGCCGCCGGUGUAGGACGCCGAUCUCACUACCCCUCCGCUUCGACUACGGUAGUGGUUAUGGCGUACGCCAAAAUCAAUACCGUAGUCGUUUCGGCGUACGCCAUAGCCAAUACCGUAGUUUUUUUUGCAUACCCCCAACACACUAUCCUUACGCCAAAUGCAAUACCUUGAAUAACGUCAGUUGAGCAGGGAUUGAGCUCCGCAUUUCGCUAAAACUGGCGGAAGUAACUUUCUGCAGCAAAAUACCCUGAUUGUUUGUUGUUGUUUGUUUGUGCUGACCCAAGCAAUUGAGAUUGUACAACAGGAGGGGAGACACCUAUGGGCGGCUUUCUUGGACAUUGAAAAGGCCUAUGAUUCAAUCUCCCACUCAAGGCUCUGGUGGGAACUGACACAGAUUGGAGUGCCAGGUUCAGUGCUUGAGCUCCUCCAGGAGCUGUACAGGGACACAACGGUUGUGGUGGAAUGGGAGGGCAUGAACACUCAACCAAUCCCAGUGACAAGAGGCUUGCGACAAGGAUGCCCCCUUUCCCCUCUCCUGUUCAUGUUAUAUAUGUCUAGAUGGGAGACAGAACUGGAGGAGUGUGGGAGAGGCCUCAACCUGUCUUACAUGGAAAAUGGGCAAAUGGUGAGACAACAUCUUCCAGGACUAUUUUAUGCGGAUGAUCUGGUGCUGACAGCGGGCACCUGUGAAGAGAUGCAACAGCUGCUGGACAUAUGCACAAAACAAGGGGACAGACUGGGCCUAAAGUUCAGCUCCCGUAAGUGUAAAGUGCUGAAGUGGGGGCCUACAGAGAAUGUAGAGGGGGCUUUGGACACACCGCUUGUACUGCAGGGGGAGACUGUGCAGUGUGUCACGGACUACAAGUACUUGGGUGUACACCUGUCCACGGGUAGGAACUACAUCCAAGCACAUGAAUCGGCUGUCCGAGCAAAGGCCAUGAGGGGAAAGGGAGUGCUGGCAGCAACGUCCAUGUGGGCUUUCGACCGCUACGAGGUUGCUCGUAGCCUGUGGAAGAUGGUGAUGGUGCCCGGACUGACUUUUGCAAAUCGGGUACUGUGCACGUCGUCUCAGACUCGGGAGUUCCUAGAGGUUAGACAGCGGGAGGCGGGACGGAUGGCACUCGGGGCACACAGGGGGACUCCAAACGAAGGGGUGCAGGGGGACCUCGGAUGGUCUGCUUUUGAGUCGAGGGAAGCGGUGGCUAAGCUGUCUUACGAGAGGCGUCUUUGCGGCCUCGGAGAGGAGCGAUGGGCCAGGAGGGUGUUUAAGUACCUCGUGUACAGGAGUUUAAACACGCGCCUGACCAAACGGGUGGCCAGGCUCGCGGGGAAGUAUGAGGUACCACCGACCCUGCUGGACGGCCGGCCGCUCCGAGAGGGAGUUGCGGACCUCAAGAAGCACGUGCGGCAGGUCGAGACGCGAAGGUGGACGGAGUCGGCCACACGAAAACCAUCAAUGACUGUGUAUGCGGCCUCGAAGCGGGCGAUCGAGCGGGAGCAGCUGUAUGAUGACUCCAGGGGCAGCGGCUUGCUUUUCGAGGCACGAACGGGGACCCUCAAGACCAGGCUGUGGAGAUCGCGAUAUGACGCUGGGGCCCCAAUCGCCUGCGUCGCCUGCGGAGCAGCAGAGGAGACAACCGAACAUCUGGUGCUGCAGUGCAAGGCCCUCAGCCCGUGCCCCCAGGUGGACCAUCUGCCGGACGCGCUGGGCUUCCGGACGGCGGAGCGGGGGGAUGACGGCGAGGAACACGUCGAGACCACCAAGCGCCGACUAGAGCAGUGGUGGGAGAUUUCCUGGCGGCUGUGGAAGAGGGAGAGGCGAGCUGGGCCGGACGUGCAAGCGCAAGCCGGACAACCGAUGUUUUCCGCCCAAGUCGACCUGCCCCACACCGAGGACCCGACCGAAGCUCCACCACAACAAGAACUCGGCUAGACUUGGCUAGAAACCAGACUAAGCAAGCCUUUUUUUUCUUUUUGGCAGGCCAUCGCCGGAACUUCCGGCGAGCGGCCACCCGUUACAAAGGGACGCCACUAAAUCCAAAUCCAAAUCCAAAUC